AUGGCGGAGGCUUGUAGGUUUCGGAAUCAAAACAUAGAAAGUAAAACCUCGAAUAAUCAAGAUGAAAACUUUUGUAUAUUUCAUGUAUUGUGUGUUUUUAUAUCACUUGUUACUAUAUUAGCCGAUUUAACUACAGAUAUCAUCGUUUUUGCAGAAUACUGCAAAGAUGGUCAUCUUUAUUGGGCCCUUGGAACUUUGAUAUUUAUAGUUACUCCAAAUAUUUUAAUUAACGUAUUCUCUAUGAGAUGGUUUUUAACUGAUCAAAAAUCUACUUUACGGCAUUGGAUAACACAUAUAUGUCUCGUGGGCUUAUUAGAAAGACAUUUUUUAUUUUUACGGAAAGUAUUUGUGUGCAAGAACUUAGAAACGAUCAAAACAAAUAAAUUAAUUUCACAAAGAAAUGAUUUAAGUUUGUUACACUUUUUGUAUGUUUUUAUUGGGACUGUGCCACAAAUUAUACUGCAAACUUACGCAGUUGUUACGCUCGAUGAAAAUUAUUACACAAAAGUAUUUGCGUUAACUGCUUCCCUUGCUUCCGUUAUUUGGGGGUGUUCUACGUAUAUGUACAGUAUCACUGUAUUUGCAAGUGAAAAUUUUAAAUGGUACUCCUUAAUGUUGAAGCUUAUAUGGCAUUUCGGUAUACUAAUAGGAAGAAUACCGGGAAUCUUGUUGUUUGCUAUAAUAUUCGGGGUUUGGACGCUAGUGCCAUUGGGUUUACAUUGGUCUGCUAUGACAUUUUGGAUUGUGAUGCAGAAGACCACAUUUUGUCCAAAUAAAAUAGAAGAGACCCUUUAUAACGUUGUUAUGGGCUUUGUGUAUUGUUUUUGUUAUAUAAACUUACGAGAAGGCCACACACGGUAUCGUUUAAUGUUAUUCUAUACACUAAUAGUAUUGCAAAAUUUUGGAAGUUUGUUCUUAUAUGUAUUAAUGUCUGAUAAUGAGCGACAGAGAAAGCCGUGGUCCAUUACUGCAGUUAUAUGUAUUAUAUUUGGGACAAUAUUUGGAAUUUCUGCAAUGAUCUUAUAUUAUAGAUAUUUUCACUCAACUGGACCAAUUUUGUGGAAAAAUACUCCAAAUGACAUCGAGUUAAAUAAUAAAGUAUCAUUUAGUGAAUCCAGUAAUAACAAAGAUCAUGGUUUGAAUCAUGUACGGUCCUUCAAAAGUUCGCGGCAAGAUGAAGGUGCUAAUAUUAGCCCUGGGAAAGAAAUAGUAACAGGACCCAUCCCCAAACAAGGAAAUGAAAACGCUGACAAAAAGUUUUUAUUAGAUCACUGGAUUGCCAGGUCGGGAUCUCCUACAUUUACAUCAGCACCCAUUGGUAACAAUAGUAUGGACAUUUCUAGUGUCGAAUUCUACACUGUUGAAAAUACCCCACAGACUAUCAUGCAGGAUGAAGACUACAGACACAAAAAUAACAAAAAGAAAUUGAUAUGUUUUCCUACUGAAUUAGCAUUGAAGUUAACGUCUAUAGACAGCUUAGAGAGUUCAAUUGAUGAAAUAACAUCUAGUAAUUUAAAUCUGCAUAAACGGAGAGGAAUAUGUUCCUCAGAUAUUCUAAAAGAUGACUUAACGAACAUUAAGCUAGAUGUUUGCAAUGCCGUCAACGAAGAUUUCAUGAAGUGUAUUAAAACUGAUAGCUCUGAAAUCAGCCAUGAUACUGAUGGUUCUAAUAAAAAAACCUCAUCAGACUCUAUUGAUAUGGAUCUAGAUUUAAGUUUCAGUGAUAUCAAUAGCUCUGAUAUAAAUACCUUUAACGAAAAUAUUGUUCAAAAGUUAUGUUUGAGUGCCCUUAAAAACAUCAAAGUGGGAAACCAAGACGCCGACAUUGAGAACAUUCAAAGAAUAGCUUUAGAUAUUUUGAAAGAAAUGUAUGCCAAAAAGGACAAAAACAAAAAUGGAAUAGGAACUGAUCUGUUUCCAUCCAAACCACGUGAACUUGAUACACCCACUGAAGUUUUAUCAGUUCAUGAUUAUGAGAAUAUUUGUGCCGUAAAUAUUGCCAGAGAAGCAUGGGGUCUACGAUCGUGGAACGGGUAUUCAGAUAUUGAAAACUGGCUUCACGAUGGAAGUGUAGUAAGAGAUCGAAGAAGGGAUACUCUAACCUCAGGCAGUUCUGAAAUAAGUAGUUGUGUAUCACAGGAUCUCAAAAAUGCCAUUUUAUCUGCUCCACCCUUUCCAAAGAAACCUCACACUUACUCAAAUGUUUUUGUAAAGUUUGACAGGACAAAUCAAGAUGAUUAUACUAACACGUUAGUUACCCAUGACGACACUUUCUUAGCAAAACCAUGUGUGGUAGAUGGUAGUAAGGAUCCAAAUCAUUUAGAACCUAUAAUGGAAGAAUUAGAUGAUUUAGGAGACAUAGAGCCAUCAAGUAAGAAGAGACUUAAUUCAGAAAGUUCCCUCGUAGCCACUAUAGACGAAAUACGUAAAUCAACUGCCACAAACUCUCCAAGAAAUUUAUAUCAUAGACGUGAACAUUUAUGGGAUUCCCCUCAGUUUAAUACAUCGACAAAACUUGAUACUAGUUUGAAACAAGCUUUAUGGAAGGAGCCCUCUAAAUUCGAGGGCAAUAUUAUGGAUUGUUUGCCAGAAAAGGAAAAUAGUAUGAACUUGUCUCAUAGGACAAAAUUUGAAAUGAAUAAAAGGGAAUUCAAUAUCAUAGACACUUCAUCCAUAUCAGUAGAUAGUCACUGUAUUGAAAAUGUCAUAACUUAUAAUAAAAAUACAAAUACCCGAAGACGUCAAAGGUCGAAUCCUAAUGCUAUUAGACUCCAGAACAUGAGAAUAAACGUGAAACCUGACCAAAAUCAACAUGACCUUUCUAAUAAAGAUAUCGAUUUUCUAUGGCAGUUAGUUUCAGAAAACUCCGCCCCUCCUAGUUCAAAUGAGGACUGUACUUCAAAUAAAAUAUCCUCAUCUUUACAGUCACUAAUUCAAAAAGAUACAGACAUGGCGGUAGUAAAUGCUUCAAUGUCGAAAAUGUCUAACGUAAAAAAGGCUACAAGAAGUAGACCCAGGCGUAAAUUUUCUAUUUUAAGAGAUAGGUUUGAACCCAGACCUAAUCUUAACUCUGAUGAAGAAAUAUUAUAUGGUUCUUGUGAUAUUAGCCAACCUCCGGUGGACCAUAAUACAGUUGAUAUGAACAGUAAGUUCUCUCUAGAUGAAGUUGUAGGCACUAAUCCUCAAAAGUAUAAGUACUGCAAUUCUUCCUUUGAAAGCAAUGAAAAUUUAGAGGCAGCCACUGGUUGUGAUUUGAUAAUGUCAAGAAAUAUUAAAGAAAAACGAUCAUUAUUCAUGAAACAAGUCUUAAGCCCACCUAAAUUUAAUACUAAACUUAGACAUAAAGUGUAA